CGGGGCCGGGCCAGGAGGGGCGGGGCCACGGGAGGGAAGUUGCUGAAGUUGGCUGAGCCGCCCGGGCCUCGCCGCCGCCCUCUAGUUCUCUUCCUUCUCCCGCUCGGCCACCGCCGCCGCCUCAGCCGUCCCGAGCGCGUCCGCGCUCGCCUCUUUACCCGCCGCGGCCGCUCGCCGUGCAUGAUGGAAACACCAUGGCUGCGGCGGCCCAGCUCUCCCUGACCCAGUUAUCAAGCGGAAAUCCUGUUUAUGAAAAAUUCUAUCGCCAGGUAGACUCAAACAAUGUUGGAAGGGUGCUGGCCCCCGAUGCUGCGGCUUUUCUGAAAAAAUCAGGCCUUCCGGAUUUGAUCCUUGGAAAGAUCUGGGACUUGGCGGACACAGACGGCAAAGGCGUCCUGAACAAGCAGGAAUUUUUUGUGGCUUUGAGGCUUGUGGCGUGUGCACAAAACGGACUGGAAGUUUCCCUGAGCAGCCUUCACUUGGCUGUCCCUCCACCUCGAUUUCGUGAUUCCAGCAGCCCGCUGCUACUGAGCGGACCAGCAUCGCCCGAGCUCCCGUGGGCUGUCAAAACUGAGGAGAAGGCCAAAUACGAUGCCAUUUUUGACAGUCUUAGCCCUGUGGAUGGAUUCUUGUCUGGAGAGAAGGUGAAGCCCGUGCUGCUCAACUCCAAGCUGCCCGUGGAUAUCCUUGGGAGAGUGUGGGAGUUGAGCGACAUCGACCAUGACGGAAUGCUGGACAGAGAUGAGUUUGCCGUUGCCAUGUUUUUGGUAUACUGUGCCCUGGAGAAAGAACCCGUGCCAAUGUCCUUGCCUCCAGCCUUGGUGCCACCUUCAAAGAGAAAAGCAGUCAGUACUCCAACCUCCAGAAGGUCGAUGCCUUCCGCGGCGCCUGCUAAGGACUCACGCCGGAACUCGUCACCCGUGGGGGUCUUACCUUCCAGAGCACUGUCACAGUGGGUCGUGUCGCCUGCAGAAAAGGCAAAAUAUGAUGAGAUCUUCCUGAAGACUGACAAGGACAUGGACGGCUUCGUGUCUGGGUUUGAGGUCCGAGAGAUUUUCCUCAAGACUGGGUUACCAUCCAGUUUACUGGCGCACAUCUGGGCCCUGUGUGAUACCAAGGACUGUGGGAAACUCUCAAAGGAACAGUUUGCUCUGGCUUUUCACUUCAUUAAUCAGAAGUUAAUCAAGGGCAUUGACCCUCCUCAGCUUCUUUCUGCCGAGAUGAUCCCGCCAUCCGACAGGGCCAGUUUGCAGAAGAGGAGCCCAGCGGCUGAUUUUUCUGCUAUUAAGGAGCUCGAUUCCCUGAACAACGAGAUCAUGGACCUGCAGAGGGAGAAGAGCAGCGUGGAGCAGGAUCUGCAGGAGAAGGAGGACCACAUCCGGCACAGGACCAGCGAGGUCCAGGACCUUCAGGAUGAAGUCAAGAGGGAGAGCAGCAAUCUGCAGAAGCUGCAUGCCCAGAAGCAGGAAGUGCAGGACCUCUUGAGUGGGCUCGACGAGCAGAAGGCCGCCCUGGAGGAGCAGCUCAGCGACGUGAGGCAGCAGUGCGCCGAGGAGGCCCACCUGAUUUCAUCUCUGAAGGCUGAAUUAACGAGCCAAGAGUCCCAGAUCUCCACGUACGAGGAGGAGCUGAGCAAGGCCCGAGCGGAGCUGAGCCGCCUGCAGCGAGAGACGGCGGAGCUGGAGGAGAGCGUGGAGGCCGGCAAGGCCCAGCUGGCCCCGCUGCAGCAGCACCUGCACCAGUCCCAGCAGGAGCUCACCUCGAUGCAGGUCCGGCUGACGGAGAUGAAGGAGCUGGAUGCCUCCAGCAGCCAGGAGAACUGGCUCAGGGGCUCCCACAGCCUGCUGGUCAAUGGCGCCGCCGAGUACUGUAGCCUGAGCAACAGCAGCAGCGAGACGGCCAACCUGCACGAGCACCUGGACACCCCGACCGCCCUGGAGACGGAGCCCGGGCCCCAGGAGUCUCCGGUCAGAAGCAGUCCCGAAGUUCCUUCCUCCGAGGUGGCCGAUGAGAAGGAAGGGGCGACUCACUCAGUGCUGGAAAAAGAAGAUUUCUUCAGCAUCGACUCGAGCUCCCUGUCUGAUACAGCCGUGGAGUCAAACCUGGACUUCUUCCAGUCGGACCCUUUUGUUGGUCGGGACCCUUUCAAGGAUGAUCCUUUUGGGAAAAUAGAUCCGUUUGGAGGGGACCCCUUCAAAGGCUCGGACCCGUUUGCCGCCGACUGCUUCUUCAAGCCAUCCGUGACUGAUCUUUUUGCUGCCCCGGAACUCGACCCCUUCUCUGCUGCCAGCAGCAGCAGCGACCUCAUGAUGGAGACCCUGAAGGACAAUGACCCUUUUGCCCCUGGUGGCACCGUUGUGGCUGCAGCGAGUGAUCCAGCUGUGGAUCCCUUCACGUCCGUGUUUGGGAGUGACUCCUGCGAGGUGGGAUUUGCCGACUUCAGCUCUCUGGCCCAGGACAACAGCGAGGAAGCGUUCAUCUCGACCACGUCCAGCUCCGGCGACAGCGUGACUCUGACCCCGGGUGCAUUUGAGGAGCCUCCUCCAGUCAAAGAUGAAGAAGUGCCCCCCGCUCUGCCCCCCAAAACUGGGACCCCGACGCGGCCCUGCCCUCCCCCGCCUGGGAAAAGACCUCUCAGCCAAUUGGACUCUUCCGAUUCCUUAAAACUGAAUGACCCAUUUCAGCCUUUCGCAGGCAAUGAUACCCCCACAGAAACAGCUCUCGAUCUGUACCGCGGCCCGCAGCACACCUCUGCUUCUGCCACCGUUGCCCAUACCGAGGCUGCCCCAAGCCGCGGUGCUAACGUCGGCGCUUACCCAACGGAGGAAGACCUGAUCGAGUGGGCCAAGAGGGAGAGCGAGAGGGAGGAGAAAGAGAGGCUGGCCAGGCUGAACCAGCAGGAGCAGGAAGACCUGGAGCUGGCCAUCGCCCUGAGUAAAUCGGAGAUCUCGGAAGCGUGAAGGCCGAGGAGGACCCUGCCGCCUGCAGCGCCCCUCCUCCUCCCGACGCCGAGGCCCGGGAAGGGGGAUGGGAGCUCCCGCAGCGAAGGCCGUCCGCUCCGGCGGGGGCCCGGCUUUCCUCGUCACGUCGGACUUCAUCGCUUUCUCCCCCUCCCCAAACGGAAUGACUGACAUCUGGUACCAUUUGUCUGGGCUCUCGAAAGCGUCAGAGCAGACCCCCAGGACGCCCCCUCCCAGCUCGAGAUCAGCCGCCCUGUCGGCCCCCUCCGGCCUCUGUUCCCAGCAAGGCGAGCGGCUCCCGGAGCCCCUGCGCUGCCUCCUGCACUGCCCGUUGGGGGAGGGCGAGUUGGACUUGCAUGUUCCCAUUUCCUUGUUAGAAAAGUCACGUCCGGCUGCGGAUUUCUUCCCGCCAGGGAGAGCCUUGCCUCCUGGCCUCCUCCCCUGGAGGGGGACGGCUGGUAGCCAAGGGGCGCCGAUAGUCAUCCUCAGAGACCUUCCGCGCCGCCCCUCGGCCAGGCUGGGCGAGCCCUCUCUGUCCACGGACAGAUGUUUUCCCUGGCGGAGCUUCCACGUGACGUGGCCGUCUGUCUCAUUAAAACCUGGAGGGGAUCCGUUCAGCGCUCUCUCCUCGCGUCAUUUCCCCCAGGAAGGCGGGGGAGGCCGGCGGGGAGCCCCUCCCCUCCCCCCGGGAAGCAGGUUCCCCAGGCCCGUCCCAGGUCCUUGGUUCUGCCCUGCAGCGCUCUAGACUCCCGCAGAAAGUUAGGAUCAUUUUAACAAUUGAUUAACUGCUCGCGUCGUGUGUCCAAGGCCAAGAUUCAGAAAUGCACCCCGAGCCGCGUCCCGGCCCCUUGUUGGAAGACCACUUGGGUUCACUCCCUGUGGCGCCCCCAGCCCUGGCCCCGUCGGGCCCUCGCGAGGGCGACCCUAUCCCAUCGGGGCCGCCCUGCCUGCUUUGUACAUAGAAGUUUCCCCUCCCCCGGGGCUGGGCUCCCUGCUGUGGCCGCCCUGCGGGCACUGCCCCCGCGGCAGCCAAGGAGGGCGGCAUUUAGGCUGCAGCCAGGGCUUCCCCUGCUCACCAUCCCCUGGUCCUCCUUGUUCUUUCAGGAAAACAGGUAAGUUGACUUGAACAACCUUCUUUUGCACUGGGAAAAUGAGCGGCCUUCCAGCUGCUCCACCAAUAGGAACCUUUGGCAAGUAUUCAGUCCCUCUAGUGUGUCUAGACCACCUUCGAUGUCACCCGUGUACACUAACCUGACGAAUGUUUAACCGGACUCCAUCCGUUCUGAGCUUUUGUUUAAAAUCGUACUCAGUGGACCAAUAUGCUAUUAAAGGUGUAUAUGAGA